AUGUCCCCUUACCUCCAUCAAUCCUCAAUUCCCAUUGUUAUUCCAAUUCCAUUCCCACUUUAAGAAAAAAACCCAUUUUUCACUCUCUCCUCUUCCCCUUUGCCUUAUUCACUUUCUCCCAACUUCCCUUUUCAACUUCUCAUACAUCUUAUCCCUCAAAUUUCAUUCCUUUUCUUGUUUAAAACCCAUUUGGGGUUCAAUAUUAACAUGGGAAUCGCAGAAGAAACGAUGGAAUCGGAAACAACAGCCAAGAAAUGGGUCAUCGCUGGAAUCCAAUUCAUGAGUCCCUUGAAGCCGAUUUACACAAAGAAAGAAAUAGGAAAAACCCAUGAAGAAGAAGGAAACAAAGAAGAAGAAGAAGAAGAAAAGGAGUGUUGUACGACUCCAACGACGCCGGAAUCAAGGAUUCCAUGUCUGUUGAAGUGUCCAGGAGCUCCAAUGAAGAGAAAGGCGGUUUCCAGAAGCCAUUGUAAUGGCGUUAGAGAUUACUUCAAGCCUCCGGAUUUGGAAAGUGUAUUCAUACGAUGCAUUGAAAGAGCUUAAAAAUGGUCCUUUCAAGUUUAUUCUCUUUAUAUAUCUUCUAACUCUUAGUGUAAAUUAAUUCGGUGAAUAAAUCUUUAAUUUGUAGUUUUAUUACAAUCUAAUAUAUUUGCUUAGAUACAUAAGAAACAUUAAAAAGCGGGUUGGAAUCAGCAAUUCCGACCUUUUUUCUUGUAUUUUAAUUACGUAAUAGCUUCUGUUAACUUACAAUAAAACUUCAAAUCCGAUAGUUU